AUACUUUACAUAAUUAUUAAUAGUCCUUGUUUUUAUAGUAAUGGUACUUCACUUUUUUCUUAUUUUAUCGUUUUGUUGACUGGAAUGUGUUUGCGCCGCUGCCCGUUAUGGGACCCUAGGCAAAGAAUAUUCGACUACCACGAGCACACAUAUCCCAAUUCCCAAAUUUCCUCAACCUUUCCAAAAGAAGCAGGCACACCACUAAACCUCCAACAACCGAGAGAGAGAGGAGGGGCCAUUUACCUUUUCUUCCCACCAUUCUCCGAUUCUCUCUUCUCUAGCUCACCUAAAAAUGGCCGCCGUAACGCGCCUUGUCAAACACUCAAGGCUAUCCGCCGUCCCUUCAUUUUGGAAGGCGAUGACUACCGCCACCGCCUCCUCUUCCGCAUCUGCAUCCGCAUCUCUCUCCUCUAGAUCAGAUCUGAGCUCCAGGAGCGUGCAAUGGGUCUUCUUGGGUUGCCCUGGUGUCGGAAAGGGCACUUACGCUAGCCGCCUUUCCCAUCUCCUUGGAGUCCCUCAUAUCGCCACCGGUGAUCUCGUCCGCCACGAGCUCUCUUCCAAUGGCCCUCUCUCUCACCAGCUUGCUGAAAUCGUCAACCAAGGGAAAUUAGUAUCUGAUGAAAUAAUAAUUUCCUUAUUAUCAAAAAGGCUUGAAGCUGGAGAAGCAAGAGGUGAAUCGGGUUUCAUUCUUGAUGGUUUUCCACGUACAAUUAGACAAGCCGAAAUAUUGGAUGGAGUAACAGACAUAGAUUUGGUGGUUAAUUUAAAGCUACCAGAGCAAGCUUUGAUUGAGAAAUGCCUUGGUAGAAGGAUAUGUGGCCAGUGUGGUAAAAACUUUAAUGUCGCCUCUAUUAAUAUCGAGGGUGAGAAUGGGAUGCCCGGAAUAAGUAUGGCUCCACUUAUGCCUCCAUCACAGUGUGCUUCUAAGCUGAUCACCCGAGCUGAUGAUACUGAAGCAGUUGUGAAAGAACGGCUUCUUGUAUAUAGUGAGAAGAGUCAGCCACUUGAAGAGUUUUAUCGCAACCGUGGUAAAUUAUUGGAAUUUGACCUCCCAGGAGGUAUCCCAGAAUCCUGGCCUAAGUUGCUGGAAGUUCUGAACCUUGAUGAGCAUGAAGAAAAGCUAUCUGCUGCAGCAUGAUAUUUUCUUAACCUGAAAGCUAGUUUGUUAUUUUUUGCAUGUUGUUGAAACAUGCCAAACAAUUUUGUUAGAGACAACAGGAAUGUAUUAGUAGCAACUAUUAAUUCAUACGUGCAAUGUGAUCACGGCGGAUGCCUGGUGAGGUCUUGUACCAUAAAGGUUAAAGAGUUAGACAAGCAUAGUUACAUAGCCUAUCAUUUUUUCUUCAAGUCAGUUAUUGCAGGACUGGCUAUGUAUAUGUUGUGACUUAUGAGUGUUGACUAUAAUGUUAUAAUAAUGAUAGUUUUGAUUAA